AUGACAAUGGCAGCCGAAAGCGACAUCUACACGCUCCACUACUUCCCGUUCUCGCUGUAUUCGCUCAUGGUACGAUUUGGGCUCGUCCUGGGGAGGCGAUUGAACCCAGACUCGGCUCCAAGAGUCCAGAUCAAGUUGGUAAAUCUCCACAGGGAAGAGAACCUUUCGGAGGAGUAUCUCACCUUGGUGAAUUCAAGAGGCCAGGUGCCGGCACUUACCUCACGUGCGCUCGCAUCGCCCCUCACAGACAGUCAUGAUAUCUCCGAAUGGUUAUGUGAGAAGCAGCCGGAGCUUGUUCCCGAAUAUCACCGGAUAACGAUCCAGAAGAUCAUGGACAAGUUGUACAGCUUCCAUGCCAUGGCCCUGACGAUAGGACGCGAACAGAAGAAGCAUGGCAUUCCCAAUCGAGCUGCAGAGCUGCUAGAAAAGAAGGACUUGACGGAGCACCACCGCAGAGCAUUGGAGAUGAAGAGCGUCUUCCACGAGCUAUGCUACAGCAACAUGUUCACCCCCAGCAGCAUCGACGAUGUGGAAGCCAAGGCCCGGGAGUUUGUGCAAGAGCUUGAUUCAGCCCUCAACGAGUACAGCAAAGGGCAGCUUUGGAUAUUUGGAGACAGGCCAACUAUACUGGACGCACAUGCCGCAGCACUGAUAGCGAGGCUGAUGGAUGUGAGGCGACAAGACUUGCUGACGGAGAGAGUGCAAGAGUACGCAAGGGGAGUCUUUGCGUCCGAGGAGUGGAACGAGGUCACGCACGGGAGGACAACGCUUUGGAACGUCUCGUUGGGCCACGUUGCCGACUUGAAUCCACUGUAA